AUAGAGAGAAAAAAAAAAAAAGAGAAAAAAAGAAAAAGGCUGCAUAGAUCCUAAACGCAUGAUGAUGAAUAGUACAAUAUCCACCGGAACGCCGCCUCCCUCGCCGCCCACUUUCAAUAUGGCCUGAACUGCAACACCCCGAUGUACGUCGCCAAGGUCCCUAUCAGCGACAAGCACCCUCGCUCGGUCGUCGGCGUCAGCUGGUGGUUCUCUCCCCAACCGGCCUCCAAGCCCGUUCCUUGGUCCGUCUGGGCCCAGGACUGGCUCCUCUCCUUCCGCCAGUUCUUCUUCAACGUCCGCUUCGGCGGACGAGGUGGCCUCAACCUCCACCGGUACAACAUGUGGAAGGAGUUGCAGCGGAAAACCCACGACGUAGUCUGGACCGACCCGCGUGGGUAUUACUUCUGUAAUGUCUUGGCUGUGAGCUCGGAAAUGCGCGGGAUGGGGCUGGGCCGGAAGCUGGUGGAGGUUGUCACGCAGCAGGCGGACCGUGAUGGCAUGCCAUGUUAUUUAGAGAGCUCGAAGGGAGUUCCGAAUAUCAUUAUUUACGAGAAACUGGGCUUUCACUUAGUCACAGAGAUUGAUUGUGUGGAUGGGAAGGAUGCUUGCAAGCUGUAUUGUAUGGUUCGGAAGCCGAAGAUCAAGGCAUAAAACGGACUUUUACACAGGUUUUGCCCUAUGAGAUUGUCCUCUGCGAAGGAUCUCGUAAUAAGCAUUGGCUAUACACUCGACUCGGACAGACUUGUUACUAGGGCUGCGGGGAGUGUACCGCUUCGCCGAUGAUAUCCGGUGGGUAGAUUAUACAUGAAUUUCGCCCGAGCAUUCCCGCCCGGCCUCAUAAGAUCCCCAUUGUAUGACACACACUUGCUCUGCCUAGAAAUUUUCUUCAAUAAAUUACUUUUGAUCAUACACACAUUUGGAAUUGACUGGCUGUUCAGUCAGGUUUAUUCACCAGAGAGUAU